CUUGUGCCAAUGACGUUGAUGUCAUGUAUGGUGACAGUCGAUAUAGGUUAAAAAUUUAAAUUCAAAUUAUAAAGUAAUUCAAAAUUAACUACACCUCAAAGGAAUCACAAAAACAUAACUCUAAGCCUCGUUUAUUCUAAGUGAACAACACUUCUCGUAGUCACUCAUCAGUUUGGUUCUGUGGUUAUGCAAUAUGAAUCGCCUGAAGUUUUUGAGGAUUUCCAAAGUGAACUAUUCUAAUGUAAGCAUAGCCAGUGUAGAACAGUGGAAGACUAUUACAGAAAAAUUCAACGCUAAAAUCAAGGGAACAAUCGUCGAGAACUGGGUGAAGUACUGGAAGCUUGUUGCAAGGGACUAUCGUGAUGUUGCAAUAUCUCUGAAAGACGAGGCCAGGGCAAAACCUGGCAAGACAGUCCUAUACAUAACAGGUUUCGGAUUUUUAACACUGUGUAUGGCAAGUAAUCCCAACUCGAAAAGCUUCAGAGCUAAGUAUAUCCAGUGUGCAAAUGAUGUGGCUUUAGUGAGUUUAAAUGUCGCCAACCCUGAUUCUGUAAACCACCUUAAAUACAUUGAGAGAUGUUUCAACGCAAAUACAAUUCGAUAUGCCAACCUUGGACUGUUUUCUGUAAUUUGGGUUGAUGAAUUUAGCAGUGACUGUGAUACAUAUGAGUGUAAAUGUGCCUAUUUACAAGUACCUUACACAAAAUUGUCAGAAAGAAUUCUGGAUGUUGGGUUUAUGGGUAUAUGGUGGGUGAUAUCACGAAAAAUGUUAGACUAUGAUAUCAAUUACUGA